AUGGAGGGCCUCGUUCGGUGCCUGAGGGCGUCGGUUAGACCGGAUGAAACGUCCGCGGCGCUCGUCGCGGUGCUCGACGGCCCGGCGUCGCGCGUCGGACCCGAGGGCGUCGAAUCGUUCGUCUCGCUCGUCGCCGCGCACGGGGCGGCGGCGUCGGCGGGCAGGGCGCACGCGCGACGCACGCUCGUCCUGGCGGGCGCCGUCGAGCCCGCGAGGUACCGCGCGGAGUGCCCGAACGUCGUCGUCGUGGACCUUCGCUCCGACCCGCACGGGUGGGUGAGGGACGCGCGCGCGGAGAGCGGCGUCGCGCGCGGCGGCGGCGACGGGAGCGCCGAGGGGGCGUGGAGGAUCGCGAGCCACGACCUGGCGGACGUCGGCGCGCUGGCGGCCGCGCUGGCGCGCGCGUUGGGACCGAUGCCCGAGAAGCGGACGGACGAUGGCGACGGCGAUGGGAACGGCGACGGCGAUGGGAACGGCGACGGCGAUGGGAACGGCGAGGGUGGGGGCGAGGGUGGGGGCGACGAGGACGCCAACGCCGACAACAACGACGUCGACGUCGGGGUCGCGUCCGCGAGCGGCGCGACGAGGCCGAAGGGGCGGAGGUCCGCCCUGCACGGUCGCCAACCCGCCCCAUCCGCGCGAACGUGCGUCGCCGUCGACUGCCUCGCCGAGCUCGUCGCCCACAACGGCGUCGACGAGACGAUGGAGCUGGUGCGAUCCAUCCGCGCGGAUCCGAGGGUGGCGUGCGUCGCGGCGUACCUCGCGGGCGGCGGGAGUGCGGGGUUUAAGAGUGCGGGCUUCGGCGGACACGACCACGGGACCGACUCACCCCUCGCGGCCGCCUCGCUCGCGGUGCGAACGGCGUCGUCCGCGUACGCGGUGGUGUCCGCCGCGCCGACGCUCACGCUGGUGCCCGACCGCGACGGCGAAGGCGGCGACACCCGCGGCGGUCAGUGCGGUCAGCCGGGUCAGCCGGACGCUGUUCUCGUGGCGACGCAUAAUAGACCGACGGGCCGGGGGCGCUCGGAGACGGAUUCGGUGUUUACGGCGAUCGCGCCGGGCGGUGACUCGGUGUUUAGACCGACGUUUGUGCCCGCGUCCGCCGCGGUGAUGGACGCGUUGACGGACGCGAUGGCGACCGCGAAAUUGGUUGACGGUAUCGGCGUUGAAACGGGCGAAGGUAUCGGCGGCGGGGAUAUCGGCGCGGCGAGCUCCUCCUCAGCGGUGUUAGCGGCUGAGGCUGAGGCUGAGGCUGAGGCUGAGGCGGCUCGCAGGCUUCAGGCGUCGGUGCCGUUCAACCUCGGGGUUAACCCGUCGAGGGAGGAGGCGUCGGCGAAGGCUAGCGUCGUGCUGCCGUUUGAGCACCAGGGCGCGGGGAGGGACUACGACGAGGGUAACUUCCUGGCCUACCUCCCGAGGGACGCGGGGGGAGCGCGCAAAGAGGGCGGCGCCGGCAAGGCCCGAGGUCACAUCAUGUACGUGAGGGACUCCGACGACGACGGGGAGGCGCCCGACAGCGACGAGGAGCUCGACGAGGAUAUCGACAUAUGA